AUGUUAAGUGUAGCUUUUUAUUCAUCAUCAUCGUCUGAAGAUGAAGAAGCAGUCAGCAUUCAAGAAAUAAAUGCUGUAAGGAAGCAGUUACGACAGCAAUCAAAUAUUUUUAAACUUCCAAACAAAAAAUUUAUUAGUUAUUUUAGACUUAAUAAAGAUGCUUUUAAAUACGUUUUAAAUAAAAUUUCACACAAAAUGCAAGACCCAAAAAGAAACACAGCUGUAUCAAAACUAAUCAAGCUAACAGCAACAAUGAGAAUACUCGCCGAAGGCAGUUAUCAAAAAGGUGCUGGGAAUGAUCAUUAUGUAAACCUCUGCCAAACAACAGUAAGCGAGUCUUUUAAUGAGUGCAUAGAAGCGAUGUACAGUGAACUGUGUCCAAGAUGGAUUUCAUUUGAAGUUGACGAAGCAAAACAAAAUGAAAUCAAAAUACACUUUUUUCGUAAAACAGGAUUCCCUGGUGUAAUUGGUUGCAUCGAUGGAACACAUGUUUCAAUUAUACCUCCACCAGUUGUAGAUCGUUUUAAAUAUUUUAACCGAAAAGGAUUCUAUUCGCUUAAUGUCAUGCUGGUAAGUACAAAAUUGUAUUUUUUCAAACAAUACUUCUAAAUUCGUAUAAAACAUUUUAGGCUUGCGAUCGCAGACUUCGCAUUUCUUACAUUCAGACACAUUCUCCUGGGUCGAGCCAUGAUUCUCUAAUAUGGAACAUAAGUGAAUUAAAACAUCACUUAAAACAAAGAUAUGAAAAUGGAGAAAGAAACACAUGGCUG